AUGAUGUCUAGCAUCGCAAUUCUUCUUUCACUUGGGCACCUGGCCGUUGGGGCUGCCGUACCAUAUUCCGACCUGCGAGCCCUGCUCCAAAACUCGAGUGUCCAAUGGUCGCCCCAGACCGAACUCUUUUUCCCGAACACGUCCGGCUUUCAGGACGCAACUCAGCGCUGGUCCAGCUUUGAGGAGCCGACAUACAAAGCUGCGGUCCGGCCUGGAACUGAGCUCGACGUGCAGACGGCGGUCUCGAUUGCAACCCUGAAUAACAUCCCAUUCCUCGCCACUGGAGGUAAGCAUGGCUACUCAACCUCAUUCGGCCAGCUGGACGAUGGCCUUGCCAUAGACCUGAGCAACUUCAACACCAUUAAUGUCAACAAGAACGCAAGCACCGUGACCAUCGGUGGGGGCGUUCGCUUCUCCGACAUCUUCGACCCGCUGUAUGCUGCUGGCAAGGAACUCCAAACUGGCUCUUGCCCCUGCGUUGGUACAGUUGGAGCCACUCUCGGAGGGGGCGUUGGCCGGUACCAGGGCGUGCACGGGCUGAUAAUCGACGCCCUGCUCUCGGUCCGGCUGGUCACGGCCACCGGCAAGCUCAUCACUGUGUCCGUCGACUCGAACCCGGAGCUGUUCUGGGCCCUGCGCGGCGCCGGCAUGAACUUUGGCGUCGUCACCUCGGCGACGUACAAAGUGGCUGACCUGACCAACGGCGGACAGGUAUUGAGCGCCGACCUGAUCUAUCCGGGUUCCGUAAACGGUUCAUUCUUCGAGGCGCUGGAGAAGCUGGCGGCGGAUCAGCCGAAGGAGCUGUCCGUCACGGCCGCGUCCAGCUAUGACGUCCACACCGAUAGCACCAUGCUGGUGGCCAACAUCGUGUACGCCGGCCCGGAGGACGAAGGCCGCGCAGCCAUGGCGCCGUUCCUCGACCUGGAGCCAACCACGCAGGACGUGUACACAGUAGCGUGGAACGAACUGGCCGGCAAAGCGUUCUUCGGCAUGGCGUCGCAGAUGUGCACCAAGGGUGCGCCGCACAGUACCUACGGCAUCAACGUGCGCGACGUGUCAGCUGCCGCCUACACGCGGGCCUUCGACGCCAUGGACGCCUUGUACGCCACCACGCCCGCCGCGCGCAGUAGCGCCUUCUCGAUCGAGGUCUUCUCCAACGCGGGGCCGAUGGCCGUGCCUGACGACGAGACAGCGUAUCCGUGGCGCGAUUCCUCCGCUCUCAUACUGCUGCAAUCUUCGUGGACGGACGAGUCCGCUGCCGACGCCGCCAAUAAGAACUGCGAAGAGAUUCGCGCCGACCUCGUCGCCAGCUCUGGCUACGACGACCAUGCCGUCUACGUCAGCUACGCGCACGGCGAUGAGACGCCCGAGCAGAUGUUUGGCGCUGAGAAGCUGCCACGGCUGGCUGCGCUCAAGCAAGAAUGGGAUCCUAAUAACGUCUUUGGCUUCGGAAAUGCCGUGCCUACCAGCUACCCGUAG